GUCCUGACCGCCACAAUAUCCCACAAUGCACCACGUCGAUUAGUGAGAAGGUGACAGGGGACGGCGAAAAUGGCCUCGGCCUUUCUUAGCCACCAACAGAAAGUAUUGCGGCUUUACAAGAAGUCGCUGAGACACCUGGAGUCGUGGUGUGUAUUUAGAGACAAAUACCGAUUUUACGCCUGCUUGCUGCGGGCGCGCUUUGACGAGAACAAGGAUGAAAAGGACAUGGUGAAGGCCACUUUGAUGCUAAAGGCUGGAGAGGAGGAGUUUUGGGCCAACCAACAUCCUCAGCCCUACAUCUUCCCUGACUCUCCUGGAGGAACCUCUUAUGAGCGAUACGAGUGCUACAAGGUUCCCGACUGGGUGCUAGAUUACUGGCAUCCCUCGGAGAAGGCCAUGUACCCUGACUAUUUCUCCAAGAGGGAGCAGUGGAAGAAACUGAGGAUGGAGAGCUGGGACAGAGAGGUUGCUCAGCUGGAGGCUGAGACUCCCGCUGGAGGUCCCAGGACGGAGGCCCUCCCUCCUGCCCGCAAAGAGGGCGACCUCCCUCCCCUGUGGUGGCAGUACGUCACCCGCCCCAGGGAGCGCCCCACCUAAACACCUCGACUCUCUCGGGGUCUAGAUCCUGCAGUCUGAUUGAAAAACCGUUCUGCGCAGCCGCACCGUGACUGAAAAACUUUUAUCUCUGUGCGUCUGGAGCCUUUUCCCACCUGGUUUAGUCGUAAAAGUAAACCAACAGCUGGAACUAAGUGAAUCUUCAGGAUACAAAAUGACUCAAUCAGUACUGUUUCAAUAAACUGUGUGAUUACUGUA